AUGCUGCUGUUCCACGCGGCGUUUGAGUGGCUGUACUGGAGAGAGACGCAGUGCGUAAUGCCCUGGUGGAACAGGCAGCUCAAAGAGCCUUGGGAUCCGUCUCUUCACGGCAUUCCGCGCAGGUUUCGUUGGUUCGGAUUGCCAAGCAUGUGGUUCACCAGUGGCCAAGCAUAUUCCGACUUGUCCUUGUGGAUUCAGCACGCAAAAGGUCAGUGGCGGGGCAGGAAGGUCAACAAAGUGUUUCCCGAAGAAAUGGCGCUUUUUUCUUUGCAUGCUAGUGGUGCAUGCCAGCUUCGGAGAACGCUGCGGCAUGCGAAGCUCUACAGUGUACAGAGAGGUGCUUUCCUCACCCGUGAGGGCGAUGCAAAUGCGCUUCCCAAAGGCAGUGAUCCCGAGGAGCUGCAGAUAAAUUUCGUAUUCUUUGACACCCAAAGCAAGGAGUACAUGCAGCCAGAAGAGGAGCACAAGGAGACUCAAAUCCAUGUACUGAAUCGGCCCGUACGCUCAGCCACAAAGGGUGCUGAUCGGCUUGAUACCGGGUCGACCCUCCUCGAGAUGCGUGCUCAGAAUGAAAAGAGAUCAAGUAUUUAG